GUCGGGGUGGGGGGGGUGGGCCCGGCCGCAUGGAUUCAUCGGGGGGGGGGGGGGGGGAGGGGGUGUCGGUUUGGGGUCCCGGGGAGCUGGGUUCCUCCCCCCGUUCGGAAGCUGCUCUGGGUGCUGGGAGGGGGGGUUGGUUGGGUCGCCCCACGUGGCCCCCCCGGCCUCGCCGCUCGGCAUCCCACUGCUGCGCCAGCGCUUCGGGGCGGGUGAGGAAACGCCGCACGGGUCUGGCAGCCACGACCCCCUUUGGGGGCAGAACCUCCCCAAAACGCUGGGUCCUCGCUGCACAAACUUCCCUUUUUUUUGGGGGGGAAAUCCCCAAAUUGAGCGUCUGCACGGAUUUGGGGUCUGUUGGCGGAAUGUUUUGUGGCCUGCAGUUGUGGGGGUGAUCUGACUUGGCUCGAAUUUGCUUUGAUGCGCAGGUUUGAAGUAGAAAAUGGAGAUUAUUUUUUUAAAAAGGGAUUUUUUUUUUUUUCCCAGCAUGGGGAAAACUAGGGAUUUAUGUGAUUUUUCCAGAAAUACUGAUUUCUGAGCAGCGUUUUGGGGGGAGAGGAACCAUUCUGGGUGUGUGAAACCUCCCGGCCGCCUGGCGAUGGGUGUUCAUGCCACUCGCAGGCGCUUUUUGAGUGUCAGUAACAGAAUUUUUUCAGAAAAACCAACCCACGAUGCUAAAUUUCCGCAAAAAGCAGAAAAAUGGCGUAAUUUCCGCUAUCAGUCAUCAUCACCUGGGUUUUCUUCUUUUUUUGUUUCGCAUUUAUUUGCACUUCUCUUCCCGUUCAGACUUUGGCCUUUCCCAGGGCUCGCGUGUCCCCGGGCGAGCUCGAGCUGCGCUGGAAAACGCCGCUCAGGGCAAGAGGUGACCCAAACCGGACCGAAAACACCCCAAAAAAGGGAUUUACAUCCGCGCAGGAGCAGAGGCCAGCCUCCGGAGGUGGCCGGCGGGAUGUCACUGCCUGAGCUCUUCCUCGCCGCCGCCCUCCUCCUCCUCGCCCGCGGAAGCAGCGGGGCCGAUGGAGCCGCCGAAAGCGCGCCGGUGGGAGUGGGGGGAAGGAGCGCUCUGCGGCCCCCGCCUGCCAGCUGGAGGCUUCCGCGGAGGAGGCGAGCCGCCGAGGCGCCGUCGUACCUGAAGUGGGUGGAUUUUGAAGGCCAGCUGCCCGCCGAUGCCGUCUCCAACUGGAACAGCUACGCCAACAGGAUGGAGUACGUCUGCUCCACGGAGAGAUCCGGCUGCAACACCGGUGCCUACGUCCCCGAACGAGGUCCCUCCUGCUUCUUCCCAUAUGGGGGGUGGGAGCGGAGCGCCCCCGAGUUCAAGGUGUUGGUCAACGUGGGAGACUUCGAGGUGUUGGACUGGGUGGACGACUCCUUCGGCGGUGUGCCCAAAGGCGCCGUGGAGGGCUGCCCGUCCGUCGACAUGUUCGUCGGGAGGAACCGCUACGGGCUGGGCAAGGUCUCCAAGGUGCAGCGGGCUGCCUUCAUGAUGGUGGACGGCGAGGAGGUCUGGUUCAAGUGGUACCAAGUCCUGGUGGUCAAGAAGGGCCCGGCGGAGGUCACCAUCUCCGACGUCCGCUACAACGUGAGCGGGGCGGUGGAGGGCGGGGAGGACGUCACCCUGACGAAGGCCACGAUGAGGAACGAGGGCUGCCGAGAGGCGCGUAAAGCUGUCACCUUGGAGGGGGUCACCGAGAGGGAGCACGACUGGGCGAUGGACCAGGGGGUCUUCGCCACCGUCCGUGGGGUGUUGCGAGCCGCCCCCUUGGCCUUCGACGGGACGGGCUGGGCGGUCGCCAACGUCACCACCACCGUCCCCUGGGUGGGGGCAGCCAGCACCAGCGAGUACGUUGUCCACACCCGGGUGGUGGAGGAGAAGCUGCAGCCCCGGACGGCGUGCGCGGUGAGCCUGGAGGGACGGCGCUUGGCCGCCCGCACCCCUUUCACCGCGCGCCUGACGCGGGAUUUUGGCGACGGUCAAGUGCACCGGGUGGCCGGGACGGGGUGGGCUCGCGGCCGGGUGGUGGUGGGUGUCCGGGCCAGGGUGCAGCAGUGCUGGCCCCUCGCCGACGUCCAGCCCUGCCCAGCGUAGGGGAGGGUGAGGCGGGUGGGUGCAUCCAGCUCGCUCCACUGGGACCCGGAGAACGCAGUGCCACCGGGGCUUUCUCAAGGUUUUUUUCAUGGUUUUUGUUUUUUUUUUUUUUUUUUUUUUUCCCCCUCCCCAAAUAACUACCAUCUCACCCCGGAACGGCAGCGGCUUGGAAUGCAGAAAAAAAACGCAUUUUUAUUUUUUUGCCUUGCUUUUUGUUUCCAUGGCACAACCUGCAUCCCUCUCUGAAACUAACAAUGCAAAAUUCUGACAAAUGUUGACUUUCCAGCCUUUAUUUUCUACUUUCUCCAAAAUAACUUCCAUCUCUCCUUAAAAAGACACAGCAACAACGGUGAAUACAGAAAACCGCUGCUUUUGUA